UCUGACCCUUGCACGGCACCAUCGCUCAAGCACUCACUUCACCAAUCAGAAGACGCGAACGCCUCCAGCCCAUCAAGUCGCCCCCAGGGGAAGGCACACGGACCCUUCCUUUUUCUUUGCUUCUCAGAGCGGUCCAUUGGUCCAGGCGCUGUUGCUUUUUCUUUUGUGCCCGCUCCAUUGCCCGCCGUGCCUCUGCCUCUCUUCUUUUUACCUGGUUCCGAAAACCUGCUGAGGUUGCUUGUCCUUUAUGAUCUUGAUUCAGCUACCCAAAAUCUUAAAGAUCACCUCAAUACACGUUGAAAAUCUCGUCGUCCGACAAAACAAACCGCCCGGCCACGCGCAGCGCAAAGCAGCUUGAGCCAACCGCUAACACCAUAGCACCAGCCAGUAGCAACCCCAGGCCCCCAUUGCCGAUCCCCACUCCAGGGGCGCUCCCAUUAAUUCGCCGGGCACAACAGCAACUGUUUUCUCCAGCAGUGCUACAUCUUUCAAUCCAGUCCACCUCCUGGGAUCCCCUUUCCAGCGCAAACCGCGAAUAUCCCACGACGGUCUGCUCGACUCCGUAGCCCGAGAAAGCAGCGCCCCGUAAUUUCGACCCAUUCUCUUGAGAGCUUCCGCCCCGGCAUCUUUUUGAAAGCUCAAUCCCCGACGCCCGUACCGCGUGAUCCAGACCUCCUGUUAUCGGUGUCGCUCCAUCUUCUCUCCAGCACCCUCAGUCCACAGCAAUGGCUUCCAAGUUUACUCGAGAGUACAAGCUCGUUGUGGUCGGCGGCGGCGGUGUCGGCAAGUCCUGCCUCACAAUCCAGCUUAUCCAAUCGCACUUCGUCGACGAAUAUGAUCCAACUAUUGAGGAUUCGUAUCGCAAGCAGUGCAUCGUUGAUGAUGAAGUCGCGCUGCUCGAUGUCCUUGAUACCGCUGGCCAGGAGGAGUACUCUGCGAUGAGAGAGCAGUACAUGCGUACCGGCGAAGGGUUCCUGCUCGUGUAUUCCAUCACAUCCCGCGAAAGCUUCGAAGAGAUAAGAACCUUCCAGCAGCAGAUCCUUCGUGUAAAGGACAAGGACAUCUUUCCCAUGGUUGUGGUAGGAAACAAGGUCGAUUUGGCUAGUGAGCGCAAGGUGCCGCAAGAGGAGGGCGAGGCUCUUGCUCGCGAGUUCCGUUGCAAGUUCCUCGAGACUUCAGCAAAGACCAACACAAACGUCGAGCAAGCUUUCUACGAGGUUGUUCGCGCCAUCAGACGGUACAACCGUGAGAUGCAAGGAGGCACAGCUUCGGGCAGCGGCCUCUCCCACAACAGUCAAGGCAUGGGCAAGAUUGAUGUCGGUGAGGAUGACGCCCAGGCGGGCUGCUGCGCCAAGUGCAUCCUCAUGUGAAUGGGACGCCGCAGAAGACGGACACACUGCCGGUCUCUGGGGAGACCUUAUAUAACGGCUAAUAAUGCAUCGGGGAAUGGAGUUGGUGGGGCUUAAGGCAGAUGCCAUGGCCUUUCGGGACGGAAUCUACACAUUGGUGGACGGGUAUCCAAGUCAUAAUGACUUUGAUGAUGCCCAUUUUCGGCCAUCCAGAGAUGACAUGCUUGAUGUUGCUGAUGUUGAAGGGGUGGGCGCAAAAUCUCUUUUCGAACCCACAUUGCGGUCUUCUUGUUGUUUUUGUUUUGGGAGUUAUUUGAACUAAACCUGGCGAUCCUAUUUGGGUUUUUAUGCUCUCAGACACUUUUGUAAUUCUUUCUUCUAUCUUUCUUACAUCUCAUUUUUCAUGCCAGCGGCGGUCAGUGGUCAAAAUGGGUUAUCUGUUUACCUUAGCGUGCAGGUAGUUUAUGGUGAGAGAAUGCGAUGAUGUUGUGUUGUUGCCACCGGA